GCACGUUUAUUUGAUGUGGAAUUGGUUGUUUAUCUGUUUAUUAGUUGUUUGUUUAAGUGAACAUUUCUUCCCCGGCAGGAUUUAUGAAUGUGCGGUCGUCUGAAGGUAUUCUGUCUGUGCUGUCGCUGUAAUAUAUUUGAACAGCAGCGCCUACAAACAGAGCAGACUUCCGCCUCUGAUGUACACGCGCACAGUAGCACAGAUCAACCAUUGGUCACCAUUCUAAUUAUUCACACAUCUCUUCGCUGAUUGGUUAAUCUUCUGCAACGUUACACAAGCUGUUUCGUAAAUUUUAAAAACAUAAAUGAUGUAAGGUGAUGUGCGCUGAUAAAUGAUAUAACAAACGGCGCUGAGUGCACUCGCAGAGAAGUCAGAUAAUCUCAAUCUCCGCACACUGAUAGAGCUGUCAGCAGUGAUGUGGGCUUCAGGUCUGUUGCUCUUCCUGGUCGGACUCUGGCAUCAGUCCCGCGCCCAAGGCUCUGAGCCCAUGCUGCGGGUUGUGACGGAGACGAUGCUUCCUCCUGACAGUCUGCACAAUCCCACGCAACUCAACUAUGGGAUGGCUGUAACAGAUGUGGAUGGGGACGGUGACCUGGAGGUGGUUGUGGCAGGGUACAAUGGGCCCAACCUGGUGCUGAAGUACGACCGCACUCAAAACAGGCUGGUUAACAUUGCUAUUGAUGACAGCAACUCGCCAUACUACGCCCUGAGGGACCGAGCAGGAAACGCAAUUGGCGUUACUGCAUGUGAUGUGGAUGGAGAUGGACGUGAGGAGAUCUACUUCCUCAACACCAACAAUGCCUACUCUGGACGGGCAACUUAUUCAGACAAGCUCUUCAAGGUUCGGAACGGCCGUUUUGAAGACCUUCUCAGCGAUGAGCUCAAUGUGCGUCGUGGUGUCGCUAAUCGCAUGGCGGGGCGUUCGGUUGCAUGUAUUGACAGAAAGGGAACAGGCCGUUACUCAGUCUACGUGGCCAACUAUGCCAGUGGCAACGUCGGUCCCCACGCUCUCUUAGAAAUGGACGAGACUGCGAGUGAUGUGGCCAAGGGCAUCAUUGCUCUGUCAGACGUGGCUGCGGUGGCCGGGGUCAACAAGUUCACAGGUGGGCGUGGUGUGGUGGUUGGUCCAAUCUUGAGCCAGUCGAGGUCGGAUGUGUUCUGCGACAACGAGAACGGACCCAACUUCCUGUUCAAGAAUAAUGGAGACGGGACUUUUGUUGAUAUGGCCAGACAGGCAGGUGUGGAGGACCGGUACCAGCAUGGCAGAGGCGUCGCACUGGCUGACUUCAAUGGCGAUGGAAAGACAGACAUCAUCUACGGCAACUGGAAUGGCCCACACAGACUUUUCCUGCAGGGCAGCGACUCAACAUUCCGGAACAUAGCUACUGGAGGAUUUGCUGCUCCCUCGCCUAUUCGCACAGUCAUCGCCGCCGACUUAGACAAUGACAAGGAGCUGGACGUGUUUUUCAACAAUAUUGCUUACAGAGGCAACGCACCUAACAGGCUGUUCAGGGUGUCAAGGAGAGCCAAUGCAGACCCUUUGAUCCAGGAGCUGAAUGUGGGAGAUGCUGCAGAGCCAGAGGGGCGAGGAACAGGUGGCACUGUGACAGACUUUGAUGGGGACGGACAGCUGGACCUGCUGCUGGCACACGGAGAGAGUGCCCGGCAGCCAAUCUCUGUCUUCAAGGUCACACAGGGUUCCUCCAACAACUGGCUGCGGGUCAUUCCACGCACCCAGUUUGGCUCUUUCGCCCGGGGAGCGAAGGUAACUGCCUUCACCAGUCAGAGUGGAGCUCACACACGAAUCAUUGACGGAGGUUCGGGGUACCUGUGUGAGAUGGAGCCUGUGGCACACUUUGGUUUAGGAAAUGAUGAGGUGACGGUGCUGGAAGUCUCCUGGCCAGACGGCAGCUCCAUCACUCGAACCUUGCAGUCUGGUGAAAUGAACUCAGUGGUGGAAGUGGCCUAUCCCAAAGAAGGAGAAACGUUUCUGCUCGCCAAUGACACCCAGUGUGGUAAUGGUUUUACUGUCAAGAAUGGACACUGUGCAGCGUCGACUCCAUUUUAUGAUGGCGCACGCUCCACUUCCUUCUCCACGUUUGAAGCCUCCUGUUUUAAGACCGUUUUACUACAGUGGGUCAUUGUGCUUUCUGCACUGGCAGAUCUCAGGGGAUGGUAGUCUCGAGAGUAAAGAUGAUACAGUAAGACAGCCUUUAUCCAGCACUGCAUAUGGACCAAGCAAAAGACUUCCUGUGACAUGCAGUAACAAUUAGCCUGUGUAUCAGAAUGCAUAUCCGUCUGUCUGGACAUUUCCUGUUUGCUCUGGUGAGCUGGUUGCAUGCAGUUCUCCCUCCAUGUUGUAAGUCUAGACUGAAAAACUUGGAUGAGUAUCAUACCCUUUACCCAGCUGUUGCAUUGUCGUAUAUCCUGUCAAGCAUGCAUGCAGACAUGAGGGAAUUUUCCUGACCAAAGCUUGUCGCACCAUCAAAUUAUAAGAUUUUUUUUAAUCUGACAGUGUUAAUGUCUGAUGUUUUCAGUGCAUGCAAAUUGUUUAAGUCAUUAUCACUAUUAUGUACUAUAGGCCUUCUCCACAGCAGACGUUUUCAUAACAGGAACAGCUCAGGUGUUACUGAUAACAUUAACAAUGGCUCUGUUCUGUGUAGGAGACCCUGGAACUUAAGAUAAAUGGAAUUCAGCCAUCAGUCAUUUUAUUAUUUACACCUGUGCUUUUACUUUUCCUACAUGUCCAAAAUGUCACAUCAACAAUGCCUAUUGUGGAUUAAAUAAACAUCCGUGUUAGCCAUUAUGCAGUAAAUGGCACAUUGUGAUCUAAAAACAUGUCCACAUAGUCAAGUUGAAUGAAAUCCUAUCCAGCCAACAAGACAAAUCAUAUUAAAUAAAUUGUUAGACAAUGCUA